AUGGAACACGCGCGUCCUCCGGGUGAAUUAGCGGUCGAAGGUGGUCCAGCCGCGCGCGCCAACGCGUGGCGAAAAUGUCGGAAACAGUUCGAGGUGUUUAUCAUAGCAUCCGGGGUGAGCAAGAGACAACGGACCCAACCAAAACGAGAGGAGCCAGUUGAUGAAAUACUACCAAGUACAAGUGGAUCAGGGCAAAGGGAUGAGCCACUUUAUGACAUUGGACCCCACUCUUCACUGAUACCCCAGACGGAUGUUUACUGUCAAAAUUUUGAAUUCUCGGGGUUUAUCCCUUUAGUGAAUGAAACAUAUGAAAAGAUGCGAGCCGUAGAUCCUCGCUUACAUGAUAGACUGCCCUUAAGUAUGUAUACUCAUGCCAUGGCUACCCAUUUAAACUUAGAAAUCUUAGAGGUAGCAAGGAAAGCAGGGCAAAACGUCCUUAAUCUCCGUACUGAUGCGAGGGAAAUACUACCAGACUAUCAGGUAGUUCCCCAAGCAAUAGCGGAUUAUAUAUCUCAUGUUGCCGAAGUCAUUACACAAGAUGGAAAAGAAGUUAGACUUAAUCGUCCUUCACAGGCUAUACCACAAGGCCCAAUAAUGCAGAACCACAUUGAGAUUAGUCCAAGUGGCACUUUUGGAGCACUGAAUGCUGAAAACCAUAAUCUAUAUGAGUGUUACAUAUCACCGUAUGUUACUUCAGCCAGAAUUACAGCUUCGCAGCAGCGAAAUCAAGAAUACGGACCCUUACCAGAAGAACUAAUUCCUGGUAAUCUUGUACCAAACCGUAAUUUACUAGGGUUUGAAGAUAUUGACAUUAACACUCAUGGAGCAGCAGCCAGAUUAGAUGGAAUUGUAUUCCCUAACGACAAUACACUCGAAGGCAGAUACCGAUACUCUCCCCUCCUACACACUAGAGUGUAUACUAUAUUAGCUGAGAUGAAAGACCGGUUCAAGAUGUUAGAGCUUAGAAGAGAGCAGAACCCACAAGGCUUAAACUUGCAAGAUAGAAUAAAAAGGAGAGUUACUGCAGUUAAUCUAGCCUUCGUCGAAUCAAUAGGCCCCGUUAAUGAUGCUGAUAUACCACUCUUCCUUAAGACAGCAGAUGUGCAUAGCUUUGGAGCUCAAGGAUCAGCUGUAUCAAAUCAGGCCAAUAUUGAGACGCUACAUAGACGUCGAGUAACGCAGGCACGCGGUCUAUGCUGUUUAACUGAGGCUGGAAACGCCCCAGGUGGAUGGGUUGCCACCUGUAACAGUAAUUUUAACAUGGCUGGUAUAUUUGGUCCAGUCCUACAUGCGGACUAUCCACAAUUACGAGAGAGUCACUUCAGCUCUCGUGGUCCGGCUGGGAAUAGAACCAACGCUCUGACUAACUUUAUAGACAGAAAUUACUACAAAGUCAACCGUUAG